GGACACUGGAAAGUGGAAACUACAAGAAAACUCAGUUUCACAGUGCCAUGGUCUAAAUGGCUUCUCCUCUUAUCACAAGAAAUCCCAGUUUCCACACACUGCGAUCCCACACUCACCAAACCAACCUCUUCACUGCAACCUCUUCCAUCACCACCAAAUCUCUCUCCGUCCUCAGUUUCGCCAAGAUGGAAGGAAGUGAGCAAGUAGCUGGGAAAUCAGGGGAAGAGGAUUUGAGUGUCAAGAAGAAGAUUUUUGUUGCUGGAGCCACUGGGAGUACAGGGAAAAGAAUUGUUGAGCAGUUACUGGCCAAGGGUUUUGCUGUUAAGGCUGGGGUUAGAGACUUGGACAAAGGGAGGUCUGCACUUUCCUCAACCAACCCAUCUCUUCAAAUUGUGAAAGCUGAUGUCACGGAGGGCUCUGACAAGCUAGCUGAAGUGAUCGGUGAUGAUUCAGAAGCUGUUGUAUGUGCCACAGGCUUUCGGCCAGGGUGGGAUUUGCUUGCCCCAUGGAAGGUUGACAAUUUUGGCACGGUGAACCUUGUUGAGGCAUGCAGAAAACGUAAAAUUAACAGAUUCAUUCUUGUCAGUUCCAUUUUAGUUAAUGGAGCAGCUAUGGGACAACUACUGAAUCCAGCUUACAUCUUUCUCAAUGUUUUUGGACUCACCUUAGUAGCAAAACUACAAGCUGAGAAUCAUAUAAGGAAAUCUGGGAUAAAUUAUACAAUAAUAAGACCUGGUGGAUUGAGAAAUGACCCUCCCACCGGAAACGUUGUUAUGGAGCCAGAGGACACCCUUUCUCAAGGUAGCAUAUCCAGAGAUCAUGUUGCAGAAGUAGCUGUGGAAGCGUUGGCUUGUCCUGAGGCGUCUUACAAAGUUGUGGAGAUAGUCUCUCGCCCGGAUGCUCCUAAACGCACGUACCAUGAUCUUUUUGGUUCCAUAAGGCAAAGAUGAUUUUGAACUUAGGACUUGAUUGCAGAUUUUUGCUUUCUGUUGGCAAAUGUGUAUCUUACUUUCUUCUCAUGUGUUUUGUUCAUUAAUGAGUGUAAUAUGUGUACAUAUUGAGAUACCUUUCGUGGUGCUCUUUAUUAAGUACUCUAGAAGACUAGAAAUUACAGUA